CUCAUGAAAGCAGUACUGUUGCUAGUACGGUCAGACCACUCACAUCGUGUACAAUUAAAAGUUUGGAACUAAACCAUACAACAUAGUGUAAUAAUAUUAAUAACUGAUUUAAAAUUGAAAUGUUGUCAAAUGGGGGGUAGUAACCAUUUUCGUGUUACACUUUCUGUAAAGAAAGAACCAGAUGCUGGGCCUGUUUAUUGUAAAAUGGAAACAUCUGCAAGAUUUCGACAACUCAAAACUGUGAAACUUAGUAUUGAUGCUACAUAUCGUUUUGACAUUAGCUUCAAACCACCUCAACUGUUGCAAUCACUAAACAUAGGUGGAGAGUCGGUGGAUUUAAUCGAACAAUCUCGAGACGGAACUGCGUGUGCUUAUAGUGCUUAUCACUGUACGAAAGGAGCCAAACCUAGUGCAAGAGGUCAUCGUGAAGAUUUAGCUAUUGCAAUGCGUGUUCUAGGUUCAGGAUAUCUCACCACAUGUUUGCAAAUCAAAUACUAUAAACCCGAGGAUCAUAGUCAUUGCGACUGGGGUUCUAGAUUACACUGUAUUGAAUUAGAUUGUUCAAGUGUAGAAGGAAGACUUGUUACGGUAGAUAAAGAGACUUAUCGGAAACUUGGGAUUGAAUCAUAGCAUUCACAGAGCUCGCCGGAUAAAAGUCCGGCGAGUCCAAUAAACUCAAAUGUUUCAACUUCACGUGAGUCUCAAUGGUGGAAAUUUACAUAAAUGUGAUGUUUAAAAACUGCUUUUAAUGUCUCAACUUUAUAAACAAAUUAUUCAAAAAUACUUGUAUUAGGUACAUUGUUCAAUACGUCAAAUGAUAUAAUUGAUUUUACAGCUAAUAUCUAUCUUUUUUUUUCAAUUGUUUUGCUGAGUUUAUCAUGACUCAACUGCAUAAUUAUGUAUUGAUUCAAGUUCUAUAUAAAUAAUGUAUUAUACAAAUGACUACACUAUUUUCCAAACAAUU